CAACUUUUACAUUUUAGUUACUUCUUGAGCAAAGUCAAACCGACAGCGACCGAGAAGAGGCAAGGGAAACCAAACGGAGCGUGUGGACACUGAGAAGUCAAAAUCAUAAGCAAAAUGGACAUGGAAGAAGAAACCAACAAACAGCAAAGCGAUCAACAUGUUCAGGAAGACAAGAGUAAAGAAGAAACUGAAAGCAGUAUAACUGACAUGAAGGAAGAAACCAACAAACAGCAAAGCGAUCAAAGUCUUUCAACCAACAAUGGAGAAAAAACACCUAAAAGCGGGCCUGCUGAGACAGAGGAAGCAGAAAAAGAACAUCAGGAAGAGAAUAAUCAUCAUGACCAAAAGACUGAUAAGCAAAGAAGUGUUGAAGACAUGAAGGAAGAAACCAACAAACAGCAAAGCGAUCAACAUGUUCAGGAAGACAAGAGUAAAGAAGAAACUGAAAGCAGUAUAACUGACAUGAAGGAAGAAACCAACAAACAGCAAAGCGAUCAGCCUGCUGAGACAGAGGAAGCAGAAAAAGAACAUCAGGAAGAGAAUUCUGAAGACAUGAAGGAAGAAACCAACAAACAGCAAAGCGAUCAACAUGUUCAGGAAGACAAGAGUAAAGAAGAAACUGAAAGCAGUAUAACUGACAUGAAGGAAGAAACCAACAAACAGCAAAGCGAUCAGCCUGCUGAGACAGAGGAAGCAGAAAAAGAACAUCAGGAAGAGAAUAAUCAUCAUGACCAAAAGACUGAUAAGCAAAGCAGUUCUGAAGACAUGAAGGAAGAAACCAACAAACAGCAAAGCGAUCAAAGUCUUUCAACCAACAAUGGAGAAAAUAAACCUAAAAGCGGGCCUGCUGAGACAGAGGAACCAGAAAAAGAACAUCAGGAAGAGAAUAAUCAUCAUGACCAAAACAGUGACAAUAAUCCAAUUCAAAGCAGUUCUGAAGACAUGAAGGAAGAAACCAACAAACAGCAAAGCGAUCAACAUGUUCAGGAAGACAAGAGUAAAGAAGAAUCUGAAAGCAGUAUAACUGACAUGAAGGAAGAAACCAACAAACAGCAAAGCGAUCAAAGUCUUUCAAAUGAAAAUAAAGAAAAUAAACCUGAAAGCAAGCCUGCUGAGACAGAGGAACCAGAAAAAGAACAUCAGGAAGAGAAUAAUCAUCAUGACCAAAAGACUGAUAAGCAAAGCAGUUCUGAAGACAUGAAGGAAGAAACCAACAAACAACAAAGCGAUCAACAUGUUCAGGAAGACAAGAGUAAAGAAGAAACUGAAAGCAGUAUAACUGACAUGAAGGAAGAAACCAACAAACAGCAAAGCGAUCAAAGUCUUUCAAAUGAAAAUAAAGAAAAUAAACCUGAAAGCAAGCCUGCUGAGACAGAGGAACCAGAAAAAGAACAUCAGGAAGAGAAACAUGUUCAGGAAGACAAGAGUAAAGAAGAAACUGAAAACAGUUUAACCGACAUGAAAGAAGAAACCAACAAACAGCAAAGCGAUCAUCUGACACAGAUGGAAUCAUAUUACAAAGAAGAACUUAAAAAGAAAGAUUCUACUAUUAAAAAGAUAAGGAAGGAAUUGAAAUCAUUGAAAGACAGACUGGCACAAGACAUGGCUGUUUCAAUAAAGACAGGAGACACUGAGAGCAUGAAUGACCCAGUCAGUAAAACCAGACUGACUGAAAUGUAUGACAGUCUAAAGCUGGAGAAGUGGACUGGAAUCAAAGAUCUUCUGAAAUCCAAUAAAACCAGUCCAGAGUUUACAAGGGUUUUGGUUCAGAAAACCUUUAAAGAAGCAGCAGAAGAAAUGAUAAGAAAAAAGCAGCAAAUAGAGGAGACUUUUGGAUCAACUCAGUCCAGCGGUGGGCAGGGAAAUCAAAAGGUUGAAGGAUACAGAAAGCUGGCAGUUCACAAUCUGCAGUUGGCUCUGUACCACAGCAACAAAGAUCUUCUGAAGAGUCCCUUUCCUAAGUAUGAAGGUGAAAAAGCUGAAGAUGUGAUGGUGAAUCUGAGACGUCUGACCUCGGAGUGCUACUGGCUGGGCUGUUUGAUCGCUUUAAACAAUCCGCCUCUUCAGCCAGACUGGGAGACUCAGCAUUAUAUGAAAAACUCCUGGGACAUUUUCCCUCAAAGACUCAAAGAUUGUGAUAAAUAGGAAAAAGGACAUCAUGCAUGCAUGUCUUUCAUACAGUUUUAGUUUCCUGAAUGGACAAAUUAUUGAAAAAAAGAUAAAUAUUGAUCAAAUGUUAUUCAUUUGAAAUAAAAUGCAUGUAAUGUAAAUUCUUAUUCUUAUAGGUUUUUUGUGCUUUCAUGUUCUUUCUUGUUCUAUCAAAUACAAUUGGUGUAGGUGUUGGUAAUAAAAUAAAAGUAUAUGUUGUGUGAGUGAAAGAAUUUACUAUAGAAUUACAAUUAAUUUCUGUCUGAUGGUGACAGAUCAAGUCUACCCAAAUGAAAUGUCUUCAGUCUCUUGAUCUUGCUACCUUUCUGUCUAAACUCAUCCUAAUAUUAAAUAAAAUUGUGACUUUUUCUAAAGUAAGUACAUACUUAAGGAUCAGUCAUCUUAAAACUG